AGCUUAAUACUUUAAUUUUAUAAUGCGAUCGUUUCGUUGAAUUUACUAAGCCAAGGUGCAAGUGAAGCUGAAGCGAGAAAAGCAAUGGCGAAUGUUUCACCUGACAGUGGUUCUGUUGAUGAAAUCAAAGAUCUUCUCACUUGCUCAUUGUGCUCAAAUAUUUUACAUGAUCCAAAAAGCUUGACUUGUCUUCAUAAUUUCUGUAAAGGAUGCUUAGGAAAGUAUGUUGAACGUCUUCGUGGUGGUGACCAAAACAUUGAGACAUUUCCAUGCCCUAAAUGUCGCUUAGAGUUUACCUUUAAAUCACAUCAAGAUUUGGCUGAAAUGACAAGUAAUUGUUUCAUCAAGAAUUUGCUGGAUAUUUUGGAGAUUCAACAGAGAGCCAAAAGUUCUACUGAAUGUUUUCGCUGCAAAGAUCCUGCCAUCAAACACUGUUCAUCAUGCGAAAUCUUCAUGUGUGACAAAUGUUCAGAAUGGCAUGACAUAUGGCCAGCUCAUAAACACCACAAUGUAUUAUCUGUGAAAGAACUAAGUUGCCCUAAAAGUCAAAUAAAAAUGAGAAGGAAGCCUCACUGCAUAAAACAUAAAGAUAAAGUGCUGGAUUAUUUCUGUGAAAGUUGCAAGGAACUUUGCUGUAUUGAUUGUGUUGUAUUAAAUCAUCAGAAAUCCAAUCAUUUGUGCGUGGCUAUGAGUGAAGUUGCGCAGAAACAAAAAGAAACAUUGCAAUCAAGCUGCUCGACGCUUGAUAAGAAAUUAUCGGAAGCAACCGAAGCUUUGACUAAUAUUGAAAGUGUAAUGAAGUCUCUUGAAGAAAAUGCUAAAACUGCAAAAGAUAAGAUCAAAGAACAAAAGGAAAAAGUUUUGAAGAUUGUGAUCGAAAAAGUUGAUGAGAGAACAAAGGAAAUAAACGAAGAAGUGGACAAGGCUUAUGAUAAAUUACAGAGUGAACUAAACAAACAACAUGAUGAAAUUAAAGAUUAUCGUGACAAACUACAAGCUUCAGUGCCCUUGCCUAAAAGUCUCCUGAAGAGGGGAAGUAUUGAAGAAAUUCUUUCCUUGCAAAAACAGAUUGAUGAAAGUAUUGAAAUGUUGCAAAAUGAAAAGCCAGAGGAUCUAACAGCAGUCAAUGAUGGCAAUAUUCAGCAUGUACCUGAUGAUAUUAAUAAUAUCAAUGUUGAUGAAGUUGUUGAUAAAUUGGGAUAUAUUGAAGGACAUGGUGGACAUUUCAAUUUAAGAAAUUCGUCCAGUAUUUUGAAAGGAGAGAUUGCCUUCAUUAAACAACUUCAGAAAUGGUUGGGAAAGAAAUGUAAAUGGAAUCUUUGUUACCGUGCUUCAAGAGAUGGUUGGGGAACCCGCGAUUUUCACAGCCAUUGUGACAAUAAAGGACCGACAGUGGUUUUGGUGAAGGCCAAUAAUUGUAUCUUUGGUGGAUACGCUGACGUAGGCUGGCAAGGUAAUGUUGGGUGGACAAAUUCCAAAUCUUCAUUUAUUUUUUCACUACGAAACAAAGACAACCUUGCUCCUUUUAUUACUAACAUCAAGCAAAGCAGGAAAGGAUAUGCAAUGUACUGUAAGUCUAGUUAUGGACCAACCUUUGGCGGAGGUCAUGAUUUUUACAUUGGGGACAAUCCUCGAGCUAAUAAGUCAUCAUACUGCGAUUUUGGAAACACGUAUCAUCUUCCUCCUGGUUAUAUAUAUGGCAGUGAACAAGCAAAGAACCUUCUUGCUGUUUCACUGGAACAAACAUUCCCUAAAUGGCGGAUGUGUUUUCCGGAGAUGCUCUACGAGCAAGUGCUUCAUUUACGGCUGGUGGGAAAUUCGUGAUAGCCAUUAGCACAGAUAACGUAGAAGUGGCAAAAGAAGUGUGUAAAACUGUAACUAAACUUGGUUUGGGUCUUGGCGCUCUGUAUGCUGGUUAUAGUUU